GUGUGCUGCGGUGUCAAGUAGACUAGCAAUGAAGCUGAUCCCCUCCACGACGAGGCCGCUUUUCCAGAGACAAACGACCUCCUUAAGAGAUCAAAAGCAAUGGGGAAAGUGAUCAAGGCCCAGAUCCCUUCAUCUACUUCGUCUUUAGAACAGACCUGGCAGAGCAUGCCGACUCGCAAGACUGCUGAUGUCCUAGUGCAGAAUUACUUCAGAACGAUGGAAUUGCCAUUUCCCAUCUUCCACAUUUGCUCUUUCAACGUCGGAUACGAGAGAUCGUGGUCCAGUCCAAGCGAUGCCAGCCCGACUUUCCUUUCCCAGUUGCUUCUGGUCAUGUAUCGGAGUGCGAUUCUGUCAGGAUAUGGCCCGGAGCAUCAGCUACGCCAGGCUCGUCAAUGGGCUUCUGAUACUCAGUGAUUAAUUUCAAAUCCUCCAUACCAAGAAUCCUUGACGAUCAGUGCCAUUCAAACACACUAAAUGGGAGUAAGACCUGAAGAGAUCCAAUCCACGAGAUGGCGUCCGUCUAUGCGCGAGCUGGUGCGACUGGCAAUACUUCUGAUAGACACCAAAGGCAUUGAGGUAGCCGAAGGAGCAGAAGAUAAGCCCAGUGUAUCCGCACACGACGUCUCAUGCUCGUGCGCCGCCUUCAGGGAAGCCGAGUGUCUGGGUUUGUUUGGGGUUGGGAUGGGCAUCGCCAUGCGACGUCUGUCGUUGGUUCAGAAUCGGGCAUGAUUGAAUGGUUCGAUUUGAUCUAGACUCAAAUUCAAGUUAGUAUACUCUCAAGAUCUAGC